GUGGCGAUGAUUUUCUGUAGACUAGCCCAGGAUUUGUUAUUGCUGUUGGGGUGGGGAGUGCUGGAAUAAGAGAACAGGGGAUGAGAGGUGCUGGCUGGUGUGUUCUGCAAUCCCAUCCGACAUCACUCAAGACUCCUACUGAGCUCCUACCUGACACUGCAGGAUAUAUGGGGAAGGCAUUGUAUUCAGUAUGAAGCUUGUCAAGUGAAAAAAUACUCCCUGAAGGAAUAUCUAUUGAUCUCAAGCCUUUGCUAAACCUCCAUCUUGCCUCUUCAUUCAAUGCCUAACGUAGAGGCAGACAGAGAAGCUAAUGGUACCUCAAGCAACCAGCUCAAGUCCAAAGGGAAGUCUCCAGGAGAUCAUUUACAAGAACAUGUAAAGUCUUUCAAUGUGGGUGACUCGGCAAACCUAGGUGCUGGCGGAGAAAGAAAUUAUCCUUGGGGAUGUCCAGUGACUCACACAAGGGAAACGUUCUAUACUGUCUGUUCAGACUAUGCAUUCUUAAACCAAGCAACAUCUCUGUGCAAGACUCCCAGCUCGGGGAGCAGUUCAAGCUCUCAGGAUAAACCUGCCGUGAACAAUACCUUGAAUUACAUUGAUCUCCAAGCUAGUGGGUCUGAGAGGAUUUAUAAUGAAGACACAAAUUUGGAUUCAUUGUCCAGUGAUUUUGGGACUCUUCCUCUUGCCUGGGAAAUUGACACAUCCGAGUUUAACACAAUGACUACAAAGAUAAAGACCAAACCAGGAGUGGUUAAUAAACAAGUCUCCAAGAAGAAGCCAGAUAGAAAGGUGAAGCCAUUAAGAGACUGUAGUCAACACUUUAUAGUGGAUGACAUCAAGCAACGGAAAGUUCUUGAUCUUCGGCGAUGGUACUGUAUCAGCCGACCCCAGUAUAAGACAUCAUGUGGCAUUUCUUCCUUGGUAUCCUGCUGGAACUUUCUGUAUAGCACUUUGGGCUCAGGAAGUCUUCCGCCACUAACUCAAGAGGAGGCUUUACACAUACUGGGAUUUCAGCCACCUUUUGAAGAAAUUCGCUUUGGCCCUUUUACUGGAAAUACAACAUUGAUGAGAUGGUUCAGGCAAAUCAAUGAUCAUUUUCAUGUGAAAGGAUGCUCUUAUGUUCUUUACAAACCUCAUGGGAAGAAUAAGACUGCAGGAGAAUCUGCUGUUGGUGCUUUGUCAAAGUUAACUCAGGGCCUGAAAGAUGAUUCCAUGGCCUAUAUUUAUCAUUGCCAGAAUCAUUAUUUUUGCCCUAUUGGAUUUGAAGCCACCCCAGUAAAGGCCUGCAAAGCAUACAGGGGUCAGAUGUUUCAACAUGAAGUAGAGUAUUGGAUAUUAAUUGGGGAGCCAAGCAGGAAGCAUCCAACAAUUCACUGUAAAAAGUGGGCAGAUAUUGUUACGGAUUUGAACACACAGAACCCUGAAUUCUUUGAUAUAAGACAUACAGAAAGGGGCCUACAGUACAGGAAAACAAAAAAGGCUGGGGGAAAUCUUCACUGUCUCUUGGCAUUUCAAAGACUUAGCUGGCAGAGAUUUGGUCCCUGGACCUUGCAGAUUGGAAAUCUGAGACCUGAACCUCAACCUCCUGGUCAUGCACGAAGAAUUCCUAAAUCGGAAAGUGAAGAUAAUGUCUCGAAGAAACUGCAUGGGCGUUUAGGGAGGUCAUUCAGUGCAAGCUUUCAGCAAGAGCUCGCAUGGAAAAGAAUACGAAAUAUUAGUGAGAGACGGGGUAGCGGAUCUCCAGAAAGUGACACAGAUGGGGAAGGAACUGACUAAUCUGGAAGCUCCCAAAACACUAGUAAAGUCCACCAUUCUUAUUAAGGCCCAUAGCAAUCAUGCGGGACUGGAGCACAUACAUUCCAGAGGUGUGAACUGAAGUACACGAAUAUACCUCCCCUAUUUCUGCAGAUCAUAUUUAGAGGAGUACAACCAUUUCCAGAUACUCAGUUAUAUCAUCAGUGACACAUUCAUCACUAGAGAUGUGUGACCUAUCAACAUCACGGCUGUAAGAUGCUUUUAGGUUUUCGUAUACUAAAUUGUAAGUGCGCACUGCAGUCACUGGUGAAGGUGGUCAAGAUGUGAAUAUGCAAAAACCAGCAAUAAAAGGUUGGUGUGAUUUAAAGGGAAUCUGUCAGCUCUCAUAUAUGAACCAAGCUGCUGACAGUGUCAUAUAGCUGAAUAUGCAACAAGGAGAAUGUAAUCUUUGGUAAAGCUGUCAAUGUUUUAUAAAACCACUAUGUCAUCCAGGACAAUUGUUCAAGUGCAUCAGGCUGGCAUGCCUCCUCGCUCCUCCCCCCUCAUUGAUUAAAAUGCAGGGCAUAUGCAAGCAGCAAUCUUUUACACUGCCGUGCGGGGCUUGUUUGUGGUUGAGGCCAGUGCCUUCAUUAUGGAGAUUUAUCAUGCAGUGCCCUUGGAACCAAUGGCAAAGGCGGCUGAGCCAUGCAUAUCAGUCAAGGAGGUAGAGAGAGCUCACUGCACUUGAGCAGCUUCCCAAUAUCUAUUUGACCCUUCACAGACAACGAAAAAAAUAGAGUGAUUUUCCUACAGCAACCAACCAAUCACUGCUCAGCUAACGAGCUCUGGUAAACUGAAAGCUGAGCUGUGAUUGGUUGCUGUGGGAAAAUCACUCAAUUUUUUCUCUCUCAAGCUUGUGUCUCAAUAAACACUAUGUUGAAAUGGUGUAGAAUCUCUAGGAAGAAAUACAACAUAAUAAGAUAAACCCUGCAAUGGCCGUCAUGUUUUAAUGUGGACAAUCUAGAGCAGGUAUGGGAACAACCUGCGGCACUGCAGAUGUGCUGACAAAGCAUCACGGGAGAUGUAGUCAAAAAAACAUCUGCAGUGCCGAAGGUUGCCUAUGCCUGAUCUAGAGUAUGUUCAUGUAAUGUCAGAUGGCAGGGAUAGUAGUAUUUUAUUAUACUUGCAGAGCAUAUGAGGUAUACAUAGGAGCCAGUUUAAUCCAUGGCUUUAGCUUAAGAAGACUAGCAUCUGAACUGGAUAGGUUAUUUUAAAGUGCAUGUAAAGCUGAGUAACCUGAUAACUUAAAGUGAUUUUUUAAAUGGACAAUCCCUUGAAAUUUUUGUACCCGACACCAUAGCAACCUAGGGUCUCAAACAACAGAAAUUGUUUGUGAUAUUGCAUCACUCACUCGUGAAACCCCUGCCUAUGAAAUCCAAAUUUGUUAGACAUCUUACUACAAAACCAUAGAUAGCAAUGCAGAGUUUGGCCCCUUUUUGCAGCUAUAACAGCCUCCAUAGUUCAGGGAAGGCUUUCUACAACAUUUUGAAGUAUGUUGCAUGGUCUGGCUCACAAACUGCACCUCUGGACCUCACUCAGCAGCAUUAUGCUGGAACAGGAAUAGGCCUUCCCCAAAGUUUUGCCAUAAAGCUGGAAGUAUACUUUUCAUAUUUCUAAAAAUUUAUUUUUAUGCUGUUGCAUUGACAUGUCUCCUCACUGGAAAUCCUAAAAAAACAAAAACAAAAAAACGCUCCAUAAAACUCUCCGUCCUCCACCACACUUUACAAUGAGCGCUAUGGAUUCCAGUAGGUAGCAUUUUCUAUGCAUUUGCCAAACCUAGAUUCAUCCAUCAUAACUUUAGCUAAUGAAACAUGGUUCAACACUCGAGGUAACAUGUUUCCUAGAUACCUGUGCUUUACAACACUUAAUAUUAGACUUGGUUCAGAUGCUGACCAUUGAAAGGUCAUGGAGCUCCUGCUGCAAAUUCUUAGUAUGGACGUCAUUUCUUGAGGCACUUCUGCAUUAAGUUAUGAACCAAUCAUCAUAUAAUAAGGUAUUUGUAUACGAUACAGCGCUCGGCAGAACCACUCUGAGUUUGCUUGGCCUAACGCUUUGUGGAUGAUCCAUAGGACAGGUGAUAAGUUGCUAACCAAUGGGGGUCAACAUAUAGUGCACAUACAGUGGGGCAAAAAAGUAUUUAUUCAGCCACCAAUUGUGCAAGUUCUCCCACAUAAAAAGAUGAGAGGCCUGUAAUUUUCAUCAUAGGUAAACCUCAACUAUGAGAGACAUAAUGAGAAAAAAAAUCCAUAAAAUGUCAGUCUGAUUUUAAAAAAAUGUAUUUGCAAAUUAUGGUGGAAAAUAAGUAUUUGGUCAAUAACAAAAGUUCAUCUCAAUACUUUGUCAUUGCCAACAAAGGGUAUAUAACAGAGAUCAAACGUUUUCUUUAAGUCUCACAAGAUUUUCACACACUGUUGCUGGUAUUUUGGCCAAUUCCUCCAUGCAGAUCUCCUCUAGAGAAGUGAUGUUUUGUGGCUGUCACUGGGCAACACGGACCUUCAACUCCGUCCAAAGGUUUUUUAUGGGGUUGAGAUCUGGAGACUGGAUAGGCCACUCCAGGACCUUGAAAUGCUUCUUACGAAGCCACUCCUUCAUUGCCCGGGUGGUGUGUUUGGGAUCAUUGUCAUGCUAAAAGACCCAGCCACGUUUCAUCUUCAAUGCCCUUGCUGAUGGAAGGUUUUCACUCAAAAUCUCACAAUAAAUUACCCCAUUCUUUCCUUUACACGAAUCAGUUGUCCUGGUCCCUUAACAGAAAAACAGCACCAAAGCAUGAUGUUUCCCCCCUAUGCUUCACAGUAGGUAUGGCGUUCUUUGGAUACAAUUAAGCAUUCGCUCUCCCCCCCAAACACGACAAGUUGAGUUUUUACCAAAAAGUUCUACUUUGGUUUCAUAUGACAUUCUCCCGAUACUCUCCUGGAUCAUCCAAAUGCUCUCUAGCAAACUUCAGACAGGCCCGUCCGUACAUGUACUGGCUUAAGCAGGGGGACACAUCUGGCACUGCAUGAUUUGAGUCCCUGGCAUAGUAUGUUACUAAUGGUAGCCUUUGUUACUUUGGCCCCAGCUCUCUGCAGGUCAUUCACUAGGUCCCCCCGUGUGUUUCUGGGAUUUUUGCUCACCAUUCUUGUGAUCAUUUUGACACCACGGGGUGAGAUCUUGCAUGGAGCACUAGAUCGAGGGAGAUUACCAGUGGUCUUGUGUGUCUUCCAUUUUCUAAUCAUUGCUCCCACAGUUUAUUUCUUCACACCAAGCUGCUUGCCCAUUGAAGAUUCAGCUUCCCAGCCUGGUGCAGGUCUACAAUUUUGUUUCUAAUGUCUUUCGACAGCUCAUUGGUCUUGACCAUAGUGGAGUUUGGAGUGUGAUUGUUUGAGGUUGUGGACAGGUGUCUUUUAUACUGAUAACAAGUUCAAACAGGUGCUAUUAAUACAGGUAACGAGUGGAGGACAGAGGAGACUCUUAAAGAAGAAGUUACACAUCUGUGAGAGCCAGAAAUCUUGCUUGUUUGUAGGUGACCAAAUACUUAUUUUCCACCAUAAUUUGCAAAUAAAUUCUUUAGAAGUCAGACAAUGUGAUUUUAUGGAUUUUUUUCUUAUUAUGUCUCUCAUAGUCGAGGUAUACCUAUGAUGAAAAUUACAGGCCUUUCUCAUCUUUUUAAAGUACUCCAGGAUGGGGAAACUGCAGUUUUUGAGCCAAAGUCAGAAGUGGAUCCAGUAGGAAGGAGAAGUACGGUAUAUUUUCCAUUCCUUUUGAACACACUUCUGGCUUUGGCUCAAAAACUGCAGUGCCAGUUUUUAAAAAAUAAAAUAAAAAUGAUAAAAAACACACCAGAAAAAAGCUGUGCUGUGUGGAAACCUAGCCUAAGACAUCAGUAUUGCGCGUAAGGAGGAAAACCACUGCAGCUGGUUGCAGAAAGCCAGUUCAAGCAUCUGAAAUGCCUAUAAUCUGGAGUAUAGAACCCAAUCCCAAUGGUUUCAGGCCACAUACACAUCAGAAUAUGGGCAUCAUAUUUUCUUUACACUGUGAUUCAUCAGGCAGCAGAUAAGCACAUCUGUCACUUGUAAUAUAAUAACUCAUUUGACAUUGACUCAGGCCAGAAUUGUGUGAAUAUAUUCUAUAUAAUGAUAUUGUUACCGAGCAUGACAUUAAAUUGCAUGGUUUCCUGGUGAAGAUUAGAGGACUCUUCAUUUGUCACCCAGACAUUUUGGUCAAGGAAUAAACAGAUUAUUUUCCAUUCACAGACUUGUAUGUGGACUUUUAUAAAUCUUUCCACAUAAAAAGUAGUCACCAUUAAAAAACUGUUUGUGUGAUAUUUCCACUAGAAUAUCCAAUUUAUUGAACUCAAAUCUGACUUUACUUACUAGUAAAAACUUAUUUUCUACUUUUGUAGUUGUACUUGGUUACUGUAUCAGUUUCCUUUUUUAUACUGUAUUUUUUUUCCUUCUUAUGAAAACCAUAAAAAGCAAGACCCUGACUUUACAUGUCUUCUUCUUUCAGAAUGGAAAUAAUAAAAGUAAAACUUGA